GCGACUAUUCUUCGGAACUUUGAAUAGCCGCUUCUUUUUUCUCCCAACACUCUUCGUAAAACCGUACUAAACGGUCAUUUUGAUUCGAGCAAAAGUCUUUGAAAUCGGCCAACAUACGCAAUUGGAAUAGUUCUCCCUCAGAAUUGGCAAAUGGACGACCUGAAUCGAGGAAACUCCUAUGAGUGUAGAGGUCAAUUGUGCAUCGAUCUCUUCGAUGAAUACGAGCACAUUGACGACAGCAUCGAAUAUGUGAUGGAAAAUUUACUUCAAACAACGAAAACCGAACAUGAGUCAUAUCAUGCCCUACUCGAUAAAUUCAACUCUUUCAUUACAAUGAAGUGUGAGUGUACACCAGACGAAACAGAAAACACAGAUUUUCUGUGCACUCAAGCAAAGUGCGUUCACGGCGGUAACUAUGUGAUUUUCAAAGACCAACUUUCACAAUUGGAAUUGAUGCUCGAUGAAAAUCGAAAAUCUCGUGAUGUAAUUUAUGAAUGUUCGGAACUGUGCUUGUGUCCUUCGUAUUGUCACAAUCGUUUGAUUCAAUUUGGUCCGCGAAAAGAUUUGAAAAUCGAAGACUAUUCACAAUUCGGCAAGCAAUAUGGAUUGACAACGAUGAAAACAAUUCCAAAAGGGGGAUUUAUUUGUGAAUAUGCCGGUGAGGUCCUGUGUAAAGAAGAAGCAACAAUUCGAUCUCGAACCAACGAUGAAAAUGGAAGAAUGAACUACAUUAUUUGCCUGAAUGAACGACCCAUUGGAUGUGGGGAUGGCGAAGCAAUUCAAACAUUCAUCGAUCCAAGUCGUAUCGGCAACAUUGGACGGUAUUUAAACCAUAGCUGUGAUGCAAAUUGUCAAAUUAUUAGCGUUCGUGUUGAUGCACUGAUUCCAAAAUUGGGUAUAUUUGCCAAAAGAGCGAUUGCACCAAACGAGGAGCUCUGUUUUGACUACGGUGAAGAUGAGAAUAAAUUAAAUCCAUCAGCUGAGGUGACGAAUCGGAAACUUUGCUUUUGUGGAACAUCAAAAUGCCGAAAGUACCUGCCAAAUUUAUAGUGCUAGUCAUUGAAAACAAUUACCUUGGACGUGUGGCUGGCAAUCGAUUGCUUCCCAAUCGUUCUCUGAAUGGCGAAUUGGCCAAUACCUAACGGUGAAAAUAAAUCGCAUAUUAAUAAAACCA